CUAUUGGCGGCGUUGGAGUGACGGCGAUGUGGCGCGUGCUGCGCCGGGCCGUGGCAGUGGGCCGCCGCGGGGCUGCUGUCCUUCAGGGGCGGUGCUGCCGCCUCGGUGCGUGGGGCCGCCGCGAGCCGCUGCCGCGAGCCGCCCUCCUGCACUCGGAGCCGGCCGGGAGCAGAGCCCGUGCGGCCGUCACCAUGCCCGAGGUGAGCACGGACCACCUGGACGAGCAGCAGGUGCAGCUGCUGGCUGAGAUGUGCAUCCUCAUCGAUGAGAACGACCGUCGGAUCGGGGCGGACACGAAGAAGAACUGCCACCUGAAUGAGAACAUCGACAGAGGUUUAUUGCACCGAGCAUUCAGUGUUUUCUUAUUCAAUACAGAAAAUAAACUGUUACUGCAACAGAGAUCAAAUGCUAAAAUUACAUUUCCAGAUUGCUUCACCAACACUUGCUGUAGCCAUCCUCUGAGCCACCCACUGGAACUGGAAGAAAACGAUGCCAUUGGAGUUCGGAGAGCAGCACAGAGACGAAUGAAAGCAGAGUUAGGAAUUCCUAUGGAGCAGGUUACUCCGGAAGAAAUCUUCUAUCUGACACGAAUUCACUACAAGGCCAAGUCUGAUGGGAUCUGGGGUGAACACGAAAUAGACUAUAUCCUAUUUGUGCAGAAGGAUGUCACGCUGAAUCCUGAUCCUAACGAGAUCCAGAGCUACUGUUACGUGACCCAGAAAGAACUGAAGCAACUCCUAGACAAAGCCUCCAGGAAUGAAGUCAAGAUUACUCCCUGGUUUAAACUAAUUGCAGAGACCUUUCUUUUUAAGUGGUGGGAUAACUUACCUAACUUGAACAAAUUUGUUGACCAUGAAAAAAUACACAGAAUGUAAAUUUCUGCAGUGAAAGACGUUGAAGGCUGGGAGUGAUGUUUGAGUGUGGUAACUUGGGACUCGAGUGUGGGGAAAGUGGCCCAGCAGGAGCAUGUUUAACAAGUGACUUUAUGCAGGUGGUUGUAGCCAGUGUUUUUUCCUGUCUCUUCACCUCUUCUUCCAGGUAACAGAAGAAACCCCCUUGAUUCAUCUUCAUGUUCCCUCAUGUGAUGCUAAAGAACCCUCAGCCUGUGUGUACCCAGUUUGCUCUUACUGCCUUGCAUACUUACGUAUGCUGGUAUAGGGGAGUUGGGGCACUUCCUGCCCAGCUCCUUCAGGAGAGAUGGUGCAUUUCCAACUUUAUAUCACUACAUCUUCCAAAAUAUUAAUUACAAACCAAUAUGAGUUCUGUGCUAACAGGACAGAACUAGUCUGUGAAGAAAAACCAAUUAGUGCAAAGUGAUGAAGACUGUUACAAUUGCAGAACAUAUCUCUCUGGCUCCUGUACUGUGUAGUUAACCAAACGUAAAAGCUUAAGUAAUUGGAUUGUCUGUGUGGACUGAGUUUCACUUUGAACUGCUACAUGGUGUCUUACAGCUUUAGAUAAUAAGCACUGAUUGAUUAUUUUUUUUUUAACCCAUCCCCUGCCUGUUGAGUUAGUGAGCAAAUACUGCACAUCUCUAAUUAAAAAGUAAUGGUUAAUUACCCUAGAUGUAGAUGGUAGGUAGCGACCUACUGAAUGUAGUAGCCUGUUUUUGGAGAAGGGCUGUGCAUUACAGAGCUCUUCCUUGUCUGACAGAAAACAAAGGCAGCUUGAGACAAACUUGUUAUUGCAGCAUCUGUGAUUUCUUCCCAACGUCCUGGAAAGCUCAAACCUCCUCAACUCCAAAAUUCAAGAUUGAGAAUGUAUAGGCAUAUGCAAAGUCUUAAUUUCAGUUAAUUAGAAAUCUACUAGAGGGUAAGAGCUAAGCCAUUAGGAUCUCCUUGCCAUCCCCUCAUCACCCCCCUGCCCCCACCAGAAUAAACCACCAAAGCCUUCUGACCUCCUCUGUUCGUAGGCCCCCCCCAUCUGGGUUUCUUAAAUUAAUUUCUCUGAGUUUUCUUGAUGAAAUAGGUUAUUUUCCAUACUGGUUCUCCUUGUUUGUGAAACAUGGUUCUAACUAGGCUGUGUCUGGUGUCAAGGCAGAACUACACUUUUCUGGUUUGUUGCUCAUCCCAGCUGUGACCUAAGCGGUCUCUUUUGAAUGCCUUUUGAAAUCCUGAAAUACUUGUAAAGGUUCUCUUAAGGAUGAGUAUUAAAACCGUUAACCUAAAAA